AUAACUAUAAUUUAUCUUGUAGGCUACGCGUUGAUAUAAAACAAAAAGCAUAAUCGACCGAUUGUCACAAAUAUUUAUCUAAAAAUCUUAUACCUGAUUAAAUUCAAACUUAAACUAGACUCCCACCACCAGAAAUCGAUAUUCUGCGAUGUGAUUCUGCAAGUUACCUCAGUGAUUGCGAAUUGCGAUCUCGUCGUUCCGUUUUCGCUGCCUUUGUCGCCCAACGCUACCGGUAGUUUGGCAUGAUAUUAGGAAGGAAUCGUUAUGGAAAACGCUACUGAUACAUCUAACGAUGUUUUGGAAGAACAACAGGAUCACGAUAAAGGUCAAGUUCGGCCGAAAAAUUUGCUUUUAAGAACGGAAAUAAAUCAGGAAGAUCAGCCAUUAUCAAAGGAAGACACCCCCGAAAAUUCACACGGGCAUACUGAUACCCAGGAGAUUGAACAAGAACAAGAGCGUUCUGAAAAAGAGUCCUACCUCGAUGAAGAUUGUAUACUGUUUCAUGGAAUUAAUUAUCUGGGAUGCGCUUCAGUCAAUGCUCCGCGCAGUGAAGCUGAAGCCUUGCGUACAAUCAAAAUUUUACGAAAUCAGCAGAUGUCACCAGAAAAUGAGACUGGUCAUGGCGACAAAUCACCAAGUAAGCUUAUUGAUGUUGUUUUAUCUGUUCCUAAUGUUGCUAAUGGUAUUGUGAGACUUUUGGAUCCCACUGGCUCUGGAGAAAUUGCCCAUUUUGAGAUUUAUAAAAUAUUAUUUUGUGUUCGUGGUCUGGAUUCAGAGCCAGAAAGAGACUGUUUUGCUUUCACAGAAGCUCACAAAAAAUCGGGAAUAUUUCAAUGUCACGUAUUUCGAUGUGAAUUGCCUGAUGCAGUGAAAAAAGUUCUGUAUAGUUUUGAGCUUGCAUUUCGUAGCAUUCCUAAAAAUUCAACCGAGUCUUUGGACAGUAAGAAACCAUCGGAAGUGUUUCCUCAGUCCCAUUCUAUGUCCAGUGUUGAUGAUCCAUCCAUGGAUUUUGAUGAUUCUGUGUUUUGUUUUAAUGUUACAUUAGAAAUUCGAGAAAAUGAUUUAAAAGGAGGUUAUGCCAAUGUUCCUUGGGAUAAAGCUUCGUCAUGUUUUAAACUUCGAAAAAAUGUUGAUAAACUCGUUGUAAUGUCUGUAACUCAAACAUCAAAUGUUGAACUAACCAUUGAACGGUGUUUCGGGUUGUUGCUCGCACCAGGUCGAAAUGUUCGUCACAGUGAUAUGCAUUUACUUGAUAUGGAAUCAAUGAAAACUGGAUCUGGAAAUUCAGAAAGUGGAGCAGUUAUCGCUUCUCAUAUUAUCAGCGGAUCUUGGGAUCCGACCCAUUCACAUUUUUCUCUUUUGAAUGAGGAGACUCAGAAAGGCACCAGAGUUUUUAUUAGUGUUGCUGUGGACUUAGUUGUGCAGGAAAUUCAAGAGCCAUUGCGAUUUUUAUUAGAAACUAAGGCUCGUGUCUUUCCACAAAAUGACAAAUUUUGGUAUUAUGGCAAAAAAGUUUUACAAGAAACAUUUUAUUUGCGUUUGAAAGAAGUGCAAGAUAAAAGAUUGUCAAAGCAAUUAUAUGGGAUUGUAAGUCUUGAGACCAAAACAAAAAGAUUACAACGUCUUGCACAAGGGACAACACCAGGAACCCCAGGCUAUUCAAUGGGUCAUAUUGAUGUUGGAAGUCCAACACUUAGCUCAACGUCACACCGAGAUGAAGAAGAUGAUGAUGACACAGAUGAACCUCUUUUAAGUGGAUCAGGAGAGGUUGUGCCUGAUUACUCAGAGCAUGUAUUAACUGAUUGGGGAGAUGUGCUACAGCGAUGGAGAGCGGAUUUCAAGCAGAGACCAACUGGCUUAAAACAACUUGUUAGAAAAGGAGUUCCGAAUGCUUUACGUGGGGAAGUUUGGCAACUUCUUGCUGGCUGCUACGAUAAUGAUACUAUGUUAGAAAAUUAUCGCAUUUUGAUUUCAAAAGAUUCGCCUCAAGAAGCUGUUAUUCAACGUGAUAUACAUCGCACCUUCCCAGCCCAUGACUUUUUCAAGGAAACUGGUGGCUUGGGACAGGAUUCGCUCUAUAAAAUAAGCAAAGCAUACUCGUUAUAUGACACGGAAGUUGGAUAUUGUCAAGGAUUAUCAUUCCUGGCUGCUGCGUUAUUGCUGCAUAUGCCUGAAGAACAAGCAUGGGUCCUUUGUAAAAUAAUGUAUGACUACAAAAUGAGAGAGCUAUUCAAAAAUGGUUUUGAAACACUUCAUGUGAAAUUCUAUCAACUUGAAAGAGCAAUUGAAGAUUUAAUGCCUGAUUUAUAUGAUCAUUUUAAACAGUUGCAAAUUGAAGCUCACAUGUAUUCAAGCCAAUGGUUCUUGAUGUUCACAGCAAAAUUUCCAUUGAGUACUGUGUAUAGAAUAUUGACUUGUUUUAGUGAAGGGGAAAUUGUGAUUUUCAAAGUUGCUCUUCAGUUUGCUGAAAUGCUGUCGGCAAGACCUUUUUAUACUCACGAUUUCGAAGGCGUUUGAAAUAUUUCAGAGUUUUCACUACCAAAAAAAUAUAGAUUAGAUGAAAAUAACGACCCAGCUUGUCAAUACAACAACCACAAAUAAAAUAAAUUUCAAAAAACUAAAGAAUACAAUAAAGAGUAUGAAAACAUGCAAGAAAAGUUAAUACAAGGUGACGCACAUGCAAUUAUCGAACGAGACAAUCGACAUUAAUGGGAAAGCCAAUAUGAGAUUAGAAAGUCGAAAAUGAUGAAAAUAGCUGAUGAGCUAAUAACAACAAAGAUCACACUAGAGACACAGUUACAGAAAACAAUGAAACAUGCUGAAAGUCUGCAAUAUGAUCUCACAAUAUCUGUCGAUGAACUAAGAAAAUCAAGAGAACGAGUUAAAGAACUUACCGAUGAGAAUCAACAUCUUCUAAAUGAAACGAAACAAGCGAAAGAAUUGUGUCGACGUGAAAUGGAACGACAAGAAACUGAAAUAUCGAAAAAAUCAACAAUCAUAAAUGAUUAUAAAACCAUUACUUCGCAACUUAGUAUAAGGAUUGAACAAAUGCAAAAUCAACACAAACGUGAACUGGAUAAAGCAAAAUCAAUGAGAAUAGAAAAUGCUACAAACCCAGAACCACUAGAAAAUGAUAUAUUACAGGCUGCGGAGAAUGAAAAAGAAGCUUUCAAGCAACAAAUUAGAAACCUCGAGUUAGAAUUAGCUCAAACUAAACUUUCAAAAGUAGAGUCCGAAUGUAAAGUUCAGGAUCUGGAACACCAACUUGUUAGUGCAUUAAAAGAUCUUCAGUCAUCUAAGAACACCUGGCUUCAUAAGACCUUUUCUACAUUGACAUCAUCAAGAAAUAAAGAUUCAACUGGACAAAGCCCUACGUUGUCACCAACGUCAACCAAUGGUCCCUCAUUUCCAAAUACAAUUACUUCAAAAUUCCCCACUACAUUCAAUAAAAAGGCACCUUGAAUUUUCUGUGAAUAUAGUCGAAUUGUGAAUUUAUUUCAUAAUGAUUAUCUUUGGAAGCUUUGAGUCUGAAAGAAUAGAUGGGCCAUGAAACUCUAUAUGAACAUGAAUGGUCUUUAUUACUAGUAGCCAAUGAAUAAACAUUUCUAUUUUUCCCUGUUAAAUUGAAGCCUGGUGUUGUAUAUAAGCAUUCGUGUCUAUGUCAAUUGUCAACGGUGGUCCACUUUUUGUUUUUAUUUUUCUAUAUCUUGCAAUAUUUAUUUAUUUUUGCAAUGGAAGAUAUCAUAAAAAUUGAUCAAUAUUAUUAAACUUGAUAAUUAAGGGAAACAUGAUUAUCAUAUAAUAUACUCUUAU